AUGAUGCCAAAGACUGGUGCUGUGAAUGCCGGCAGUCUGAGGUUGUGCCGAGCACGUCUGAAUCCGUGUUUGACACCAACUCCACGUUAUCAAAGCUGGAGAUCGAGCUGGAUCUUGAGCCAUGAUUUGACCCUAACUUCUCGGUUUCUGAGUCUGCAUCUGCUAUGGAGAGCGAUUCUACCACGUCAUCAUUUUUCGCAUCAUCCACCGCAGUCGUUAAAUUUGUCUGAGAAGGCUCAGUCCCAGUGGUAA